CUCUUUUCCCUCCUCCGCAUCAAUUACCGGUUCUCGACAAUGUCUUCGAAACGGGUCAAGAGGAACUCGGCACCCGCUCAGUUCAACAGGGACGAAGACAGUGGGGGAGAAGAAGAAGAUUCCGGCAUGGAGAUCGACAGCACAAAAGGGCAGUUGAAGAAGAAGGAGGAGAACCUGAAGAAGACAAUGGCCAUUGAUGUCGGUCUUCGUAAAGGACAAAGACAGCAACGUCUAGAGAAGGACUUUGAAAAUGAGUUCCACGAGCUCGAGGCGCAGAUUGACGAAAGAGUGGAAAGGUGCCAGCGAGACACGUAA